AUGGAGGGGAUGCAGGCUUACGGAGCCGGGAAAGCCGGAGGAGCCUUCGACCCCGUCACCUUCUUCCAGCAGCCUCAGACCAUUCUCCGCAUAGUGUCUUGGCUCUUCUCCAUCGUGAUCUUCGGCUGCAUCGCCAACGAGGGCUACAUCAACCGCCCCAAUGAGGUGGAGGAGUACUGCAUCUUCAACCGCAACCAGAACGCCUGCAACUACGGCGUCUUCAUGGGUUCCAUGGCCUUCCUGUGCUGCAUGGCCUUCCUGGCGCUGGACGUGUACUUCCCUCAGAUCAGCAGCGUGAAGGACCGCAAGAGGGCCGUGCUGGCUGAUAUAGGGGUGUCGGCUUUCUGGUCCUUCAUGUGGUUUGUGGGCUUCUGCUUCCUGGCCAACCAGUGGCAGGUGACAAACCACGAUGACAACCCGCUGAAGGAGGGAGGUGACGCUGCCCGGGCCGCCAUCACCUUCUGCUUCUUCUCCAUCUUCACCUGGGCGGUCCAGUCCUUCCUGGGCUUCCAACGGUACAAGCUGGGCGCCGACUCGGCCCUGUUCUCCCAGGAAUACAUGGACCCCAGCCAGGACGCAGCCGGAGCCCCCUACACCUCCUUCGGUGGAGACGACCUGGAGAGCCCGGGAGGCGGAGGAGGAGGAGGAGGAGGAGGCGGAGGAGGAGGGAACCAGGCCAACAGCGACAGUGCAUUCGAUGGCACUGGAGGAUACCAGCGUCAGGACUACUGA